AUGGAUAAUGGUAAUCAACUAACACUUGAACAAGAAUUUAAAUUAGCUAUAUAUAUAAAAAAAAUCAAUAAGCUAGAUAAUAAUAAUACAAAAAAACACUUAAUGAUAAUAUUAAAACAAAUGAUGAUUAAAGAUAAUAUAAUAAAAUAUUUUAUCAAAAAUUCUAUACCUUAG